AUGGAUAUAUGCUCUGAUUGUGCACUUUCAGAAUUGAGCGGAUUUAGUGAUCUUGCUAUAAAGGUUGUGGAGACUAGGAAGCAUAUUGUGUAUCCAAUGGUAUAUUUGCUCAUAGAGUUAGCUUUGAUACUACAUGUAGCAACCGCAACAAUUGAAAGAGCUUUCUCCGCUAUGAAUAUCAACAAGAACCGGAUGCAAAAUCGUAUGGGAGAUGAAUGGUUAAAUGAUUGUUUAGUUACUUAUAUAGAGAAAGAUGUAUUUGAUAGUGUUGAGAAUGAAAAAAUUGUGCAGAGUUUUCAAAAUAUGAAAACUCGUAGGUAUGUUGUGCCUUACAAUCCCACGCUCCUUAUGAGGUAUCAAGCUCACAUAAAUGUCGAGUAUUGCAACAAGUCCAAUGCUAUAAAAUAUUUGUUCAAAUAUAUCAACAAAGGCGCAAACCGAGCAAUGCUUGAAAUUUCACAGAAGGACAACGAUGCUCAAGCGAAAGAGCCAGUGGAUGAGGGUUGUACAUCAUAUAGAAGUAUCAGAACAGUGAAGGGAGUAACAUAUGAUACUUUUAAGGAAGCAUGCGAUCAAUUGGGAUUGCUAACAGAUGACAAAGAAUAUAUUGAUGCAAUUAAAGAAGUCUCUGAUUUAGCUUCCAGAGAACAAAUGAGGAAACUCUUUGUAAGAAUGUUGAUGAUGAAUUCAAUAUCAAAACCUAUUGAUGUUUGGGAAUCAUGCUGGCUACUCAUAUCAGAAGGCAUUCUACACCAUAGAAGGAAAGAAUUGCAUAAUCCAGGCCUACGAAUCGCAGAUGCUGAUUUGAAAAAUUUAUGUAUCAUUGAAAUUGAGAAGUUGCUUCAAAGAAAUGGUAGGUCAUUAAAUGAUUACCCAUGUUUGCCAACUCCAGAAUAUGAUGAAGUCCUGCAAUUUGACAAUAUAUUUAUUGUUGAUGAACUAAACUAUGACAAAGAUGCAUUAAAGGUACAAUAUGAAGAGUUGCUUAGUAUGCUUACACCUGAGCAAAAGUCUGUAUAUGAGAGGGUUGUCACAUCUGUGUUGUCAAACUCAGGAGGCUUCUACUUUUUAUAUGGAUAUGGUGGAACUGGAAAGACUUUUGUAUGGAACACUUUAUCGGCGUCACUUAGAUCCAAAGGACUAAUUGUUCUUACCGUUGCUUCCAGUGGCAUAGCAUCAUUACUCUUGCCUGGAGGCAGAACAGCUCAUUCUAAAUUCUGCAUUCCAUUAGAUGCUACAGAGACCUCGACAUGUAAUAUAAAGCAGGGAAGUCUACGAGCAAAGCUUCUACUUGAAACAAGUCUUAUUAUAUGGGAUGAAGCUCCAAUGUUGAAAAAGUAUUGUUUCGAAGCUUUAGACGUUACACUCCGAGAUUUACUGAGGUCGAAAAAUGAAGAUAACGCCCAUAAGCCUUUUGGAGGAAAAGUAGUAAUACUUGGAGGUGAUUUUAGACAAAUACUACCUAUAAUAACUAGAGAAAGCAGACAGGAAAUCGUCGAAUCUACUGUAAACUCUUCCUCAUUGUGGAAACACUGCAAAGUUAUGAAAUUGACUAAGAACAUGCGCCUAACCGCAGCUGAGACGGCUGAUGAAGCAAUAAAAAUCAAAGACUUUGCAGAUUGGAUUCUUAAAAUUGGAAAUGACGACCAUCCAGAUUCCGGAGCAGGAGAGUACGAAGUCCAAAUCCCGCCAGAUCUGCUCAUCCCAAAUAGUCCUGACCCAUUAAUGGAAUUGAUUAGAUAUACAUAUCGUGACCUUGCGCACAAAAUGAAAGACCCUCAUUUCUUUCAAGAUAGGGCAAUAUUGGCCCCUACACUAGAGGCUGUUGAAAUGAUAAACACAUACAUGCUUGAGAUGAUAGCUGCACCAGAGCAUGAAUAUCUGAGCUCCGACUCUGCCUUGCGAUCUGAUGAGGAUUCUGAAAUCCAAGGUGAGUGGUUUACCACCGAAUUUUUUAACGACACUAAAAGUUCAGGAAUGCCUAACCACAAACUUUUAUUGAAAGUUGGUACUCCAAUAAUGCUUUUGAGAAAUUUAGACCAAGCAGCAGGUUUAUGUAAUGGAACCAGGUUAAUUGUGAAUGAACUUGGUGAACGUUUUAUUGGUGCAACUGUUAUCACGGGAACAAAUGUCAAUGACAAAGUAAGACAGUUUCCAAUUGCAAUAUACUUUGCUAUGACCAUAAACAAGAGCCAAGGACAAACACUAUCUCAGGUUGACCUCUUCCUUCCGAGGCCCGUCUUCACUCAUGGUCAGUUAUAUGUAGCUCUUUCUAGAGCACGCUCAAGAAAAGGUCUUAAACUUUGUAUACUCGAUGAGGGGGGCAAACAACAGACCAGUACUAUAAAUGUAGUGUUUAAGGAAGUUUUUGGAAAUGUUUGA